AUGGAUCCAUCGCCGAAGUACACAGGUGUACGGAAGAGGAAGUGGGGGAAAUGGGUGGCUGAGAUUCGUCUCCCAAACAGCCGCGACAGAAUCUGGCUCGGCUCUUUUGACACAGCCGAGAAGGCGGCGCGUGCUUUCGACGCGGCUCUUUACUGUCUCCGUGGUCCUGGAGCUCGGUUCAAUUUCCCGGACAAUCCACCGGAAAUACCCGGCGGUCGUUCUCUGACGCCGCAGCAGAUUCAGGUCGUGGCUAACCGUUUCGCCUCCGACGAAUCACAACCACCGCAACAACCGUCACCGGAGGAGGAAGAAGAAGAAAAAAAAAGAAUUUCCACACGUGGGGAAAUAAGUGGUGGAAGUGGUGGGCCCACUUUAGGGCAAGUUGUGGAAGAUGGUAAUAGCAACGUGGAUAAUUACGAUAGCAAUCAUACGACGACGUUUGGGCCGUUUUCAACAUGGGAGGAUCAGAAUCUUGUUGGUCCUACUUCCUCGGAUGAGUUUGGUUUUUACCUACCGGACGAUUCAACAAACUUGUAUUUUCCGACACAACAGCAUCAGCUCUCAUCUGAUUUUUACUACGAUGUAGAAGCUGUUGUUGAAGAUGAUUACUCUCAUUACAAUAUUAACCUUUGGAAUUUCUGA